GACGUCAUCAUGACUCAACAAAGGUAAAUUAAUCAACAAACAAUCACAAGAACCAGUGUGAUUCACUUUUGGGCGAUGGAACUUUUUUGAUUUCUGUUGAUACAAAAGACUGGAGUUUUGCAAGGACAGCGCUGUGCGCGGAGGAUACUUGAACUCGCAUCCUAGAAUUGCCACAGACCAUCACGUAAGUUAUUGAUUUGCAGUGGUCACGGCUGGACUCUGGUGAAUACUUUUUCGAUUCCUUUUCCCCCCAGUUUUUAAAUCCACGUUUUUCACACAAACCAAGACAAUGCGUGUGGCACUCUUGGCGACGGUGACUCUGUUAUACAUCAGAGAUUUUGUCAGCGGUGAACCCAAAACCAAGUGUCCCACGCGAUGCGAUGUGAGCAAAUGUCCAAGCCCGAGCUGUCCAAGUGGCUACGUCCCAGACCGCUGUAACUGCUGUCUGGUAUGCGCCAAGGCAGAGGGGGAACCGUGCGGGCGCAAAGAUGAUCUACCGUGCGGAGACGGACUGGAGUGCAAGCACCCGGCAGGAAAGCGACUUUCUAAAGGCGUUUGCCAAUGCAGGUACAGCAGUAAAGUGUGCGGCAGCGACGGAGAAACAUACGGCAACGUUUGCCAACUCAAGGCGGUUAGCAGAAAAGCUUUGCAGCAGGGGCUACCCGGUGUCACUCAAGUGCACAAAGGACCGUGUGAAACCAGUCCAACACAUCCCAACAGCCCCAGGUACAGAUUCAACUUCAUCGCUGAUGUUGUGGAGAAGAUCGCCCCUGCUGUGGUUCACAUCGAACUUUUUCUCCGGCACCCUCUGUUCGGCCGCACCGUCCCGCUGUCGAGCGGUUCGGGUUUUGUGAUGUCAGAGACGGGUUUGAUCGUGACGAACGCCCACGUCGUGUCGAGCACGACGCCCGUGUCCGGCCAGCAACAGCUCAAAGUUCAGAUGCACAAUGGAGACGUGUACGAGGCCACCAUCAAAGACAUCGACAAAAAGUCGGACAUAGCCACCAUCAAAAUCAACACGCAGAAAAAAUUGCCGGUUCUGUUGCUGGGGCACUCUGCGGACCUGCGGCCCGGUGAGUUUGUGGUGGCAAUCGGGAGUCCGUUCGCGCUGCAGAACACAGUGACGACGGGCAUCGUUAGCACGGCACAGAGAGACGGGAAGGAACUGGGUCUCCGCGACUCGGACAUGGACUACAUCCAGACUGAUGCCAUCAUUAACUAUGGCAACUCAGGUGGACCUCUCGUCAAUUUGGACGGAGAGGUGAUUGGAAUAAACACUCUGAAAGUGGCUGCUGGGAUUUCCUUUGCCAUCCCGUCAGACAGGAUCACACUUUUCCUCAACGACUCGCUGGAAAAACAGAGCAAAGGUAGGGACUGUAUGGGGUUCCGGAUCAUUACAUCACUGAAGAAACGCUUUAUCGGAAUCCGGAUGCUGACCAUCACAUCAGCUCUUGUAGAGGAGUUGAAGCAGCAGAACCCAGACUUUCCUGAUGUUAGCAGUGGGAUCUAUGUACACGAGGUGAUUCCUGAUUCCCCCGCUCAGAAGGGUGGGAUCAAGGAUGGCGACAUCAUCGUUAAGCUGAACGGUCAGCCCUUGAUGACCACCAGCGACCUGAAGGAAGCGCUGUUGGAGGAGACAGCCCUGCUGCUGGAAGUUCGCCGUGGCAAUGAUGACCUGCUCUUCAACAUUGAGCCUGAUGUCAUCAUGCAGUGAUGUGAACGAGGGCGGGUGGGAUACGUCACACAGUGGAACUCUAGUGGCCUGAGCCCUUGGUCAGCAGGGACAUUUUAGCAUGGACAUGUAAAAGGCCAAGUGCUGGAACAGGUUUUCCCUUAUUGGAAGAAUCUGAUUUUUGCUGGCAGUUUUUAUGUUGGCUGAUUUCAUGAGACAGGCCUCGCUUCCUCUUGAAGCAGGUUCAAAGACAACUGCAGUAGUUCAAUACACAAGAUUUCAGAUGUGUUUUACUGUACAACCUGACAACGCUGCUCACAUUUAAAAGCAGCCACAUUUGUGCCUCCAACCACCAUUCCUCAGCUAACUAUAAUGCACACAUGUACCAGUGUUUGAUAUAGCCAGUGACUAGCCAUGAAUAGUCAUGAAACUUCAUGAAAUAUGUUACUACAAAUAAUAACUUUCUCAUUGGCUUUAAACGCCAACUGUAAGUUUGCUGUGAAAAACACUGCGGUUUGCACCAAGGCACAAUUAACUGUAACUGCCAGAAUGUUCCAUCAGUGAGGUCAUAAGACAAACUAUCGUGUCAUAACAGGUUGUAGCAUGACAUCAUCUUACAGAUGUUACAUCAUUGUAAUGACACAGUGAAUAAUGUCAUAAUGACCAGUAUCCAGUAGGAGAGAACAUUCACAUUUCUUUGCAGCUGUAUAGAAGUGCACCCAAAACAUCCAAUUGCUGUUCAUUUAUGAUGAAUCGGAAAAGUAUUUCUGUUACACAUAUACACAAUUUUUUUUUGGUUGUUUUUUUUUAAUACUUGUCAAAAAUGUUUACAGUAUGUCUGCUGAUUAGUUUUUAUAUUCCUGU